GUGGAGCUCGGCUCCCGUACGGGGUCAAUAGCAAAAUGGCCGCCCGUAGGUCACUGCGGUUGCUGGCCGCUGACUCCCGGGGCCGGGUGGGUUGCCUCAUUUACAGCUCCAGGUCUGCACCCUGUGUUUCUGUUAGAGCUCUCUCUGGCAGCGCCGAGCAAAAGCAAACUCAUUUCGGAUUUGAGACUGUGCCCGAGUCGGAGAAGGCACGGAGAGUUUACAAAGUGUUUAAAAAUGUUGCUGAGAAAUAUGAUGUAAUGAACGACGCCAUGAGCUUUGGCAUCCACAGGUUGUGGAAAGAUGCACUUCUUCAUAAAAUGAACCCUCUGCCUGGAACAAAAUUACUCGAUGUCGCUGGAGGGACAGGAGAUAUUGCCUUCAGGUUUAUGGAUUAUGUAAAAUCGCAGCAGGAAAGGCGAAGAAGGCAAGCAGUGAAACUUUAUCAGAGUCCUUCAUGGCAACAAAUCAGUGAUGCUUAUCAACAGCAAGAUGAAGCUGACUCAGAUUUAGAAUCCAAAGCAGUAAUCUGUGAUAUUAAUAAGGAAAUGUUAAAGGUUGGAAAACAAAAGGCAGAACAGUUGAACUAUUCUGAAGGUUUGUCCUGGGUGGUGGGAAACGCUGAAGAGUUACCAUUUGAUGAUGACAAGUUUGAUGUUUAUACAAUUGCCUUUGGAAUUAGAAAUUGUACACACAUUGAUCAUGUACUGCAGGAGGCCUAUCGGGUGUUGAAGCCGGGUGGAAGGUUCCUGUGUCUGGAAUUCAGCAAAGUAGAGAAUCCAAUCAUUUCCAGUCUUUACAGUCUGUACAGUUUUCAAGUGAUACCUGUACUGGGGGAGGUCAUUGCUGGUGACUGGAAAUCCUACCAGUACCUGGUGGAAAGUAUCCAGCGAUUUCCUCAGCAGGAGGAGUUCAGAGAGAUGAUUGAGGACGCUGGGUUUUACAAAGUGGAAUAUAACAACUUGACCAUGGGGAUUGUGGCUAUUCACUCAGGAUUUAAGCUCUGAAUUUGAAGUGACUGAAAGAAAAUCAAGAUGCUCAAUCACAGAGAAACAUUUGCAUGCAUUACUGUUUUGGUGCAGAAACAGCUACAGAUAUGGCAGUGAGUUAAUUAUUCACUCGGAACCACAGAGUUGGUUGGUAAAAUCUAAUGGUGCGGCAUCAUAUAAUUGUAUUACACUUGUAUUGUAACGGUGCAGGUACAUCUUAUCUGCUCCUGUUUUGUGGUGUUUUCCUCUGUGAGGAUGUGCUUUCUGGUUUCACUGAAGAAGGACCACUGAUUGGUUCAAAAAAUGUCUAAGGCAUAAAUGAAAAUUUGGCACAGAUGACUCAACUUUGAAACAAUCAGACUGUUACUAAAAAUGACAUAAGUUCUGAGAUGUUUUAUAUCAUGAAUCCCAGCAGUAGAAAGUCAUAUAUUGGCCACAAAUUUAUUUUACACAGGUACAAGAUCGAGUUGUGUAUUUUAAAACUUCCAAGGUUUUUCUAAGUGACUAUCAUUCAUUGUCUCUCUCUGGUAUAAUAAAAAUUAUGGAUAUUCAAUGAGACACCAAGGCUCCUCUUAUUAACACAAUUUUACUUGUAUUAGUGAUCUGAGGAGGUGGAGGCUAGUUAAAAGGAGAUUCUCUUUGACUUAGCCCAUCAUUAAGUGCAGAACUAACGCUGUGGCCAAGGACAAGUACUAGUUCCACAUUUCAUGAUGGAAUAAUUCAUAACAAUAUGCAUUAGAAUUUCUUCACAAAACUAGUUCCAUCAUGAAUUGUCUUAUCUGUAGUGUUGGGUGAGUAUGGGAUCGAGCGUGCUAUGGUUUCCUCACCACCAGAUUGGAGUCCUGUUCAGCAGUCUGAGAAUGGAACUCUUAGAUUGGCUGGAUGCAUGUAGAAGCUGACGUUGUGUCUGCACAGGUUAUCACCUUGAGGGAGCAUUUAAUCGAAUCACCAAGGAUGAAUCCUUAAACAGGACUAUACAUUUCCUCUAUAAAUUUGCAUUCAUACUGACCUACCAAGCUCCUACUAUAUCAUUCUCCACUUCAAGACACUACAACCAUAUCUGACAUUUAUUUUGUGAGAAUACUAUUGGUAUUCUUAGUCAUAGUCAUACUUUAUUGAUCCCGGGGGAAAUUGGUUUUCGUUACAGUUGCACCAUGAAUAAUUAAAUAGUAAUAAAACCAUAAAUAGUUAAAUAGUAAUAUGUAAAUUAUGCCAGCAAAUUAUGAAAUAAGUCCAGGACCAGCCUAUUGGCUCAGGGUGUCUGACCCUCCAAGGGAGGAGUUGUAAAGUUUGAUGGCCACAGGCAGGAAUGACUUCCUAUGACGCUCUGUGUUGCAUCUCGGUGGAGUGAGUCUCUGGCUGAAUGUACUCCUGUGCCCAAACAGUACAUUAUGUAGUGGAUGGGAGACAUUGUCCAAGAUGGCAUGCAACUUAGACAGCAUCCUCUUUUCAGACAGCACCAUCAGACAGUCCAGUUCCAUCCCCACAACAUCACUGGCCUUACGAAUGAGUUUGUUGAUUCAGUUGGUGUCUGCUACCCUCAGCCUGCUGCCCCAGCACACAACAGCAAACAUGAUCGCACUGGCCACCACAGACUCGUAGAGCAUCGUCCGGCAGAUGUUAAAGGUCCUCAGUCUCCUCAGGAUAUAGAGACGGCUGACCCUUUUACCUGCUGAGAUUAUGCCCGACUACUUUAGGAGAAAUGUGAUUGCAUUAAUCACUUCUGGUUCUAAAGUUCAGGGAAUUUCAGAUUAUUCUACUGCUACUUCCUCAUUGGGGAAGUGCUCUCCUGGAGUCCAUUUGUUGCUCCUCUAAAUCUUCCUUAUGGAAUGAGUGCUGCUUUCUGUCUCUAUCCACAUAGACCUGAGAAGUUGUUGGUGGCCUGAGUAAACUAGUGGCUACAACAUUUGAAUAGGGACUUGGUAUUUUAACAUACAGUAGUGAACAGUUCUCAAAUCUAAUGAACCUUAACAUUUCUUGUAGCAGUCCAGGAAAAUGGACUCAAUGGUUGAUUUUUCUUCACCAAUUUGUAUUGCAAUUAGUCAAACAUUUCAUUGUCAUCCUUAAAAUGAUCAGACUGUAAUGCUGCCAGUUUGACAAAAAAUAAAUAAAUUGAGACAAAGAUAAUUGCAGCUCAACUGGAGCCUGUGGAAUUAUUUUAAAGCUUCAACAUUCAGCCUUUAAGAGAUAUCUGUUCACAUUCAAUGGAAGUGGUUGUCCUGUAAGCUGAUCUCUGGCCCCUUGCAUGCCAGAGGUGACUCAUUGUUCAAUAUACAAUAGUGACCCAGGAGAUAGAAUUUCUGUUCUUUUCAACUGGAUAUUCUGUCUGUCACUUCCUUCGUAUGUGCUUUAUCAGUUUUGUACUGGUUUCAAAUUUACACUUUAGUGAAACAAGGUCACUGAAAAAAUUAAACAGCAAUGGACUAUAUAUAAUAAUGGAUAUAUUUAAUACCACACAUCUUACCCUAAUCAGAAUAAUCAAAAUGCUACAAUUUUCAAUAUUAAUGUCUUAUAUAGAUUAGAGCAAAUGACUUGUAACUGAUCUCCAGUAAUUUUAGCUAAAAUAGUCUACCUUACCAAUAGCUUUCUGCUGUAAAACUUGACCUGUGUUUCUUCAGUUGGAAGGAACAUGGGGGAAGGGGCAGCUGCAAAAGGAUUACAUAUACCCACUAAUAACUCAUCAGCAUUGCAGUUCUUAUUCAUGAGCUUCCAGCUAUCAGACUUCCCUAUGGAGUGAAUUUUUUAAAAUUACUAAGACUUGCUAAAAUAAGUUUUAAAAUAUUUACAACUAUUUGGCAGCUCAGGCAGCUUUUAUCACUACAAGAAGACAACUCUGAAUCAUGAGUACUCUUAUUUGUUCUGUAUUUUGUAGGAAUGUGAAAGAAGGAAUAAAAUUACAUGAAUGAAUUUUAAAAGCUGUCUUGUAACGUCAAAAAUAAAUUGUUUCAUUCAGUGGAGAAAUAUCAGACAGAUGUGGUUAAACAAUCACCCUAUGUGAUAACUAUUUUAUAGCCCAUUGGAGAAACUAUCAUCCCUUACAUGUAUAUUGAUUAUUAAAUCUCAGAAACCUGAUUAUUACUUCACAUCAGAUGGAAACAUCUAAUUUUUGUGUAUAACAUCACAACGAAUGAGGAAUACUUCUGUUUCAUCCAUACAUAAAAUGGGACAGAAAUGUUCAAGUUUUUAACUACUGCAGGACUGUAAGUGAAUGGUUUGCCAUUUGAAUGAUGUAUUUAAAUAAUAUGAACAUUAAAAAUCCUUUAAAUGCAAGUUGCUGUAAUCAUAAGUCUU